AAAGACUGUAGCUUCACACCUCUGCUUAUUUCCUUUCACUUAAUUUUUCUUGUCACUUGCUCCACACUUUUGUUCUUGUCAGUCACAGACAAGAUGGAAAACUCUCUGCUGACGACUCUUACGGCGCUCAUGCUCCUUGGAGUUCAAAGGAUCUCAGCUCAGACCCCGGUCAACAACACAACAGCCCCCUCAACCACACCACUCACUAUCGCUGCGACAUCCACUAACAUACAGGUCACAUGUCCAAAAAACAACCAGGUCGUCACGAAGCCUUUUCUGGUUCGACUGAAGGUAAACUUGAAGAAAGGGAGUUCAUGUGAGGGUCAAAUGAACCUGCAGUACCCUAAUCGGAGUACAGACCCUUUGUGCUUUAACAGUUACUUAUCACAUAAGUGGUGGGAGGAAGUGUGUAAGGAAAUGAGAUGUGGACCCUUCGAUUCCUUUAAGCCCAUUUCUAUGGGGCAUAAAGGUCUUUUGAUCUCAAGCAACAUGACAUUAAACUAUGAUGCCUGCACGGGCAUGAUGAUCACUUGUCAAGAUCCUUUAGGAACAGAGUUGGCUGCUUAUAAGGCAGUAACUGGCAUAUUAAUUUUCUUGAUCUUGGGUGUCAUUCUGGCUCAGUUCGGCCGGCCCACGUACAAAGCCAUCCGCAAAAGAUUUUCACAAAAACGUCAGAAUCGCUGGGUCGGCCCGACUCAGAGCGUGUGCUAUCACAGAGGCCAAGGACCCCCAAACAAAAACACAGACAAGAGACAGUCCUUUCUUGGUUUGGAGAGACUGACGGUAAACCAGAGCAGAGAGCCCUCAUCCAACAGAAACAGCGACUAUGACUCAUACAGCUGAAGGCCUGUGCUCACAAAAGACUUACUGACCCUAAGCACGACGCUCUCGUCAUCUAUAGUCAGCAGAUUGUUUUAGCUUACGCCGCCGAUUCAGUUCUUUGAGCUGUCGACUGGCAAGUCAAGAAAGUUGUAAAUAUCACUGAAAAGCAUAGCUGAGAAAUCCGUUUAGGAUUAAAUGUAUAAUAAUAAUCAUUUAAUCUCAACAUAUGCACAAAAGGGCUUACUUAGUAUGGAACAGCAGACUUCUUUUUAUUAAUUCUUAAUUUUUUUAAUGCUUUGAAAUGAUUGUUUUUGCUGUGUUUGUUUUUUUGGUGUUGUUUUGAACUCGUCAGAAACAAUACUGGAUUUCGCCUGCGCUCUGAAAGAUGACGGCUUUUUAAAAACAUGUUUAUUUAUGUAAAGUGAUUGAUUUUUGGGUUGAGUAUGAAUAAUUUUAAAUAAACUAAAAAGACAAUCAUUCAGAUCUUCGGUGACGUUUGACUUGGG